GCCUGCAGUCUAGAAGCUUUCGACGGAGGGUGAAGUCAUCAUGGCGAUCAUGCUCUGCCUCUUGGCUCUGCUAGCUGCGUGUGGAUCUGCCCAAGGUCAAGCUAAGAACAGAACCAAUCUGAUCGUCACUACAAUCCUGCAAGAACCCUUCGUACAAUUAGGUGAGAAUUACAAACUCGAGGGGUUCAUUGUGGACCUCCUGGACCGAUUAACGGAGAGGAUGGGCUGCACAUACACCCUGAAGCUGGUGAGGGAUGGGAAGUACGGCUCUCCCGGGCCUGACGGCAAGUGGAAUGGCAUGAUCGGAGAGAUCAAGAGUGGGGAAGCCGACCUGGCGGCGGCGGCUCUAACCAUGACCAGCCUGCGGAGGGCCCACAUCGAUUACUCGUACCCUUUCCUGGCAAACAGCCUCUCGGUCCUCAUGAGAAGGAAAGACAUCUAUGGCACGGCAACAGAAGCUAUGUUUGGCCUGAAUUACUUCCUCACGCCAUUCAGCGCUGGGGUGUGGAUGCUCAUCAUCGUCUCCUUCCUAACGGUUAGCCUUGGCUUCAUUCUACUGACUCUGUUUAAUCCGUACGAGUGGAAGCAGCGGAUACAGAGGGGUGAGAUUAAGGAUUCAGAAGAGACCAAUGACACGUUUGGUGUCAAAGAGAGUCUCUGGUUCUCCUACAGCACGCUCGUCCUCCAGGGUUAUUCCAAGCGUCCCCUCUCCAUAGCAGCAAGGGUACUCGCUGUCUUCUGGAUGUUCUUCAUCAUACUUACUCUGGGUAGCUACAUAGCUCUUAUGGUGAGGAACCCGAACCUUGUCCUCAACACACAGAGUGGAGCAGACAUGACAAUCACGGGACUCAGAUCAUUUGUCUCUGAUACGGAUAGCCCUUCCAUUACUACUAUUGGUGCUGGAUCAACAAUGGCCUUCUUCAGGAACUCUCGCAGCCCAAUUUACAUGAAAAUAUUUCAAAAGAUGAUGAAGACUGGUUUCGUGAGAACCACUGCGCAAGGAAUAAAACGUGUGAAGAGUGAGGGAGUCGCUUUCGUUAUGGAAACCACCAUGGCGAAUUACAUUGUAAACAGAGAUUGCGAACUGAUUACACUGGGCGAGGAUUUUUCCGAAAGGCAUUACGCAUUCGCCAUGAAGAAGAAUGAUGAUGUCAGACAUGACAUCGACCGAGCUCUCCUGGAGUUGACAGAGAUUGGGGAGAUCCGCCGCUUGGAGUUGGUUUGGUGGAGAGUCAAGUCACCAGUCCGCUGUCAGGGUGCUCCGAAGAUUGGGCCCUUCCCCACCGCGUCUGGCGAGGAGGACAGCUUCACCAAGACAAGUGGUUUGGCGCUGCAGGCGUUCGGCGGGCCCCUUGUCUUCCUCCUCAUAGGCUUGAUCAUCUCGGCUCUUGUCUGUGUAGGAGAGAUCCUCGUCUUCAAGCAUUAUGACAAGUCAUCAGGCGUUCCGAUUGCCAGUAGUGACGAGAAUGAGAGAGCCUAGAUUCCAUGAGGACGUAUUGAACUAAUAGCACCAUCUCAGUUCGCGUUCGCUCAUUAUAAUUAGCAAUGAAUGGUGGGUGGUACGAGGGGCCGUUGUUCAUAUGAAUAUUUGGCAUAAUUUCAUCCUUAUCAUGCAGCGGUCAGUGAAAGCCCUGCCCCCCCCCCCCCCCCCCCAGGUAAUCGACACUUGUUUGACCCCUAAUAAAUAUUCACCUUAAUCACCUAUAUCCAAUCAUGCGGCGGCAGGCUCUCAGUUCAAUGCAUUGAGGGUAAAAUCAAACACACAGAAAGGUUAGUAAGAUAAAAAAAAGUUCCAUUAGUUGUGAGCUUUUGCUCUAUUACAAUCUGAUGCAUCACUCAUAAACGACCGACAUGUAUGUGAUUUUGAAUUUUCGUCAAGCGGGUUACUUCGGUAACGUCACGUUUUUGGUGACAAGAUGGCGGACGAAGCGAUUUUUGAUGUGAGAAAAGUCAGUUCUUACAGUUCUCCAAGAAGAAGUUUGUAGUAAAGUUUGUGCAUGAAGUAGUUUGUAGACGAGUGUUCGAGGAGAUGAAGAGGAUGGAGACUAGUAAUUGGUGGCCCCCAUUAAUAAAGUCGGAAAAAUUU